AUGGCUGGUGACUCGGGCCAACGAGAGGCAAGUCGCCGUGCUCAAGCCUACACGCGGAAGCAUCCUCGGGACAAGAAGGACCAGUCCCACCAUAAGCAGGACCACCGCCAGCUUUCGCACUCCGACCAGCCCGAGCAGCAUCAUGACAGGCCAAAAUCUCAUGGGCACCAAGAUGCAGCCAAACCACAAGGCAAAAGCGACGAGUCUCAGGAGCAUAAGGUUGAGACUAAUCAAGCACCUCAGCCAGCAGCCGCGGUUCAAGCAGCUUCACCACGUUCUGCACUUGCUGUGCUGCCACCUCCCGUGGCCAACAACGCUAUACCGCAGGUAGCUUCACCCGUUACCGGCCCCACAGUAUCGAAAGCACAAGCGUCGGCAGGAAAGAAGCCGAGUGUGUCAGCAAUGGCAGGAAUCGCAUUGGGCAUAGUCGUGCUUCUCUUGAUGCUGGGCAGCGUGCUGGCGUACAAGUUUGGUCAUCGGAAAAAGAAGGGCGCCCAAUUAAGGUCGAGUGCUGGAGUAAUAUCAGACCCUUCGGAAUCAUACAGCCCUGCGCAGGGCUACGGUACCGGUCAGAUAGUCGAGAAGGUGAGCGGCUUGAGCUACGGAACGGGCUUGCAGACCGAAAAUUCAGUCCGGGCAACUCAAGAACGGAGCGCAGAGGCGGGAAUGGAACCCCAGCAUCUCAGCUUGUCAAUGUCACCCCCUCGCGAGCGGGAUCUGAUAGCAGCUCAAGGUGACCACGGCCAAAGGUCCUCAUUGAAACCAGAGGGCUUGCAGCAGAGCGAACAGUCCGAACCUGGCUGUCAGCCCCAGCUUCAGCAUCAGUCGUCAGGCGCUGGACCGCUGAAUGGCGGACACAGAUCAAGCUUCAAGGACGGAGAAAGGACGUGCGAAGGCGACGAUGAUCAGAUCGAGCGUUGUCUCAGCUACUACAUGAAGCGUCAUACAAGAGCUUCUGCGAAAGCGGCUCCCGUCCCCGAUGCCUCGGUAUCCUUGCAUGAGAUUUCCGAACAGAACGCAUUCCCUCAAUCGGUGCGCAACAGCUUGUCCCGAAGAAGCUUCAAGUUCCCGAAGACGGCGAACCUUUUCGAGAAGAUCCGCCGCUCCCAGCUUCGGCUCAAUGAUGAAGCCCUGUCCAAAGCCAGGGGCGAAGAUUUGCGAAUCUCAGCUGCUCUCGCUCACACCUCGGAUUCGCAAAGUACAUCUCCAUCGCGGUACGAUCAAUCCUGUUCGACAAUACCUGCCCACUGGCGCUCGAGUACGAAGCUUCGUCAAGAUGAAGAGCUCGACAACGAGAUCACUCUAGGCUCAUCUCCUCAUUCAGCAUUCGAGUACGCAGAUUACUACGACAGCUACCUUCCUGGUCCGCACACUUCGAUCCGGCUGCAACGCCCCCACGAAGAUAUUGAAGAGGACGGCUUCGCAUUGCCUUGGCAGAACAACUCCCCGUGUCGAUCGUCUGCAUUGUCGCCCAGAAGGUCUACAACGACGGUCAGUGUGCGACAGCGGAGUACAAGUUUCAACCAAGGCUCUCCGUGCUGGCCACCCAGUGAAAUCAGCGCCGGAAAUGACAGUAAUGACAGGCGUGGACACCUGAGCCAUGUCUCCGCCAAUAGCUAUCGUGAAUCUGCGGAGGCCGGAGAAGUGAUCAGAUUCUAG